AUGGGGACAACCAUCGUUGAAGUACCUGCAGCUCAGGGUGGGUUCGGACCUUUCCUAUCAUACCUCAUCGGAUGGGCAUACUUCCUCGCCUGGUCCGCAUCCUUCUAUCCACAAGCCAUCCUCAACUGGCGGCGGAAAACCGUCCAAGGCCUCUCCAUGGACUUUGUCCACCUCAACGUCGUCGGCUUCCUCUUCUACUCGAUUUUCAACCUGGCCUUCUUCUUCAGCACCGAGAUCCAAGAGGAAUACAAGCGCCGCAACGACGGCCAAGAGAACCUCGUCCGGGUCAAUGACGUCUUUUUCGCCGUCCAUGCCCUCAUCCUUUCGACGUUUACACUCGUACAAACCUGGGUGUACAAGCGAGAUGAAGGUCAGCGGGUCUCUGGCUUUGCUUGGGCAUUCCUCCUGUCAUCAGGCGUCAGUGUCCUGGUCCUAGUCGGGCGGGCUCUUGCAGGAGUCGGCAGCUACGAAUGGAUCGACAUCCUCUAUUUCCUCAGCUACAUCAAGCUAGUCAUCAGCUUCAUCAAGUACUGCCCCCAGGUCUACAUUAACUGGGCCGCCAAAUCGACCGUCGGAUGGAGCAUCCACAACAUCCUGUUAGAUUUUACAGGAGGUGUGUUGAGUAUUGGGCAAUUGGUCCUGGAUGCUUAUAUCUCUGACGACUGGUCGGGGAUCUCGGGUGAUCCUGUCAAGUUUGGGUUGGGGUUUUUGAGUAUUGCAUUUGAUCUGGUGUUUAUUACGCAACAUUAUGUUCUGUACAGGAACCGGACGGAUCAAUAUGCGCAGAAGGUUGAGAGCGAGGCUGGGCAUGACGAGCGGCAGGGACUGUUGACUUCGGCGACUGGAUGGUAUGUCAACCCGACGACAGGCCAGGAAUCUGCAAGUGAACUAGAUGAAGCCCGCAAGUCGCGCAAGGAGGAGUGGGAUAAGGCAUACGCCAACAACGAGAAUCCGCCACCGAUCCAGGAAGAGGUUCCCUACGAUCCUCGAACACUCUAUGAACGACUCCAGGAGCAGAGACAAAAGAAGACCGAUGCCUUUGCUGAGGCCACCAAAUUCGGCAACCUCAUCCACAAGAUCGAUAACGACGAAUUCGACUUUUUGAGCUCGUUGGAGGACGAAGACGCAAAGAAGAAGCGGGAGCAGGCUGAGCAGGAAGCAGAGGAGCUCAAGAACUUUCGCAUGAAUGUGAAAUCGAAAGCGUCGACGGCACCGGCACCGCUACUAGACACAGAUGGAGGCUCGUCAUCAGCACCAAAACCGACCUACUUUGCACCAUUGUCAUCAGGACCCACCAAGAGGAAAAAGUCAUUGUUUGCUGGACUUGUCGCCAAGCCCGAUUCAAAAGCAGAAUCGACAACAACAACCACUAUAGGGUCGGAAUCAAAGGAUAUCAAAGCGGUUGGUAAGCGGAAACUGGACGAGUCAACAGAUAAAGACGAGAACGAGGAAGAGGAGAGUCGGGAGUCGGAAACGAAAAAGGCCAAGGCGGAUACUACGUCUACAGGAUCAGUAUCAGCAUUAGGAGUAGGAGCGGGGUCAGGGAAGGAUACAAAACCCAAAGGGCUUGUGGGACUUGUCGCGUACGAUUCUAGUAGUGACGAGGAUGAUGACUGA